CCCGCGGCGCACAGCAGGGGCCGGGCUUCGCGGCCGGAGGGUCCCCCUGCCAAGGCCGCGGCUCGCCCGGGGAAGACCAGACCCUCGGCCGCCGCCGCCGCCCGGAAGCGGGCUCUGCUAGCGGCCAACGAGGAGGAGGACCGCGAGAUCCGGAAGCUGGAGCGCUGCCUCGGCCUGAACAAGCGCAGGAGGAAGGGCGACGGCGGCGCCGUGCCGCUGAGCUUCGCGCGCGACGGGCUGGACUACAUCCUGGGGGCCCUCGAGCCCGGGGCAGGCGGCGGCGGCCUGUACGGGAGCAGCGGGGAGGAGGACGGGGACCGGGACGAGGCACGCCCCGAGCGCCAGAGCGAGGAGGCCGCGGAUGGGGAAGCGCGGGCCGCCGACGAUGAGGACGAAGAAAACGAGGAGGAGGACGCGGAUGAGGCUGUGGACCCGGAAAGCUGGGAAGGAGUGGGAGGCGGCGCGUGGGAGAAGAUGGGGAGGAAGAGAGUCCGCUUCACGGAAGAUGAAGAUCUGGAACGUGAGAGUUUGGAGAGAGAGGACACAGCUCCGCAGGAGCGUGUUGGUGAAAGUACUGAAAGGUACAUCCCUCCGCAGGGGAGGCGGGCCGUGGAGACAGUGGAUGUCCACAAGAAGGCGGAGCUGGACAGGCUGAAGAAACAGGUCAAAGGCCUCGUUAAUAGGCUGAGUGAGCCCAACAUGGCAUUCGUAAGUGGACAGAUGGAGGAGCUGUACAUGGCCCACAGCAGGAAGGACAUGAGCGACACACUGACCGCCACCCUUAUGGACGCCUGUGUCACCUCCUCGGCCAUGCCCAGCCGGCUGAUGAUGGAGCACGUCCUCCUGGUCAGCAUCCUCCACCACACGGUUGGAAUCGAGGUUGGUGCGUGCUUCCUGGAAGCCGUGGUGAAGAAGUUUGAUGAUAUCUACCAGACCAGAGGCGAUGGGAAGGAGUGUGACAACCUGUUCACCAUCGUCGCCCACUUGUACAACUUCCACGUGGUGCAGUCACUCCUUAUCUUUGACAUUUUGAAGAAACUGGUAGGAACUUUCACGGAAAAAGACAUCGAGCUGAUUCUGCUGAUGCUGAAGAACGUGGGCUUCUCAUUGAGGAAAGACAACGCUUUAUCACUUAAAGAGCUGAUCACCGAGGCCCAGGCCAAAGCCAGCACUGCGGGCGGCAGAUUCCAGGACCAGACCAGGAUUCGGUUUAUGCUGGAGACGAUGCUAGCAUUGAAGAACAAUGACAUGCGCAAGAUCCCAGGCUAUGACCCCGAGCCGGUGGAGAGGCUGAGGAAGCUGCAGAGGACACUGGUGCGCAGUGCCAGCUCCAGCUCCGAGACUCAGCUCCGUGUCUCCUGGGACGGCAUCCGGAAUGCAGAGCAGGCCGGUCGCUGGUGGAUCGUGGGGUCUGCGUGGAGUGGGGCCCCGAUGAUUGACAACAGUCAUCUCGCAGUCCCACAGAAGCCACUCACGGGGACGGUGAGCGCAAAGAUGCUGGAGCUUGCCCGGAAGCAGAGGAUGAACACAGACAUCAGGAGGAACAUAUUCUGCACGGUGAUGACCAGCGAGGAUUUUCUAGAUGCCUUUGAAAAGCUGCUCAAGCUCGGGCUGAAGGACCAGCAGGAGCGAGAGAUCGUGCACGUGCUCGUGGACUGCUGCCUGCAGGAGAAGACCUACAACCCUUUCUACGCCUUCCUGUCCAGCAAGUUCUGCGGGUACGAGAGGAGAUUCCAGAUGACUUUCCAGUUCAGCAUAUGGGACAAAUUUCGGGACUUAGAAAAUUUGCCGGACACCAAAGUCUUAAAUUUGGUUCACCUGGUGGCACACUUGUUGAAGACAAAGUCACUUCCACUUUCCAUUUUAAAGGUGGUUGAGUUCAGUGAAUUGGACAAACCCCGAGUCCACUUUUUACGCCGAGUGUUAACCAUGCUGCUGAUGGAAACAGAAGUGGAAGACUUGAGUUUAAUUUUUUCAAGGGUGUCCGGCAACCCGAAGCUGGGUGUGCUGAGGGAGGGCCUGAAGCUCUUCAUCAGCCACUUCCUGCUGAGGCCCACACAGGCCCCGCGGAGCCCCGAGGAGGCUGGCACGCUGAGAGAGAGGGUGGCACUCGCCACCCAGGCCCUGCAGGGCAGGGCUGCACCGCGGAUGUAGCGGAAGCCGGGAGUGCGCUGGAGUCACGACAGCGUCUGCGGUGUUAAGUGUCAGCGUUUGAGGUGACUUCUGGUCCAGGGCCGGAGACAGCUAAGUGCAUCAUUGGCGCGGCGAGCUUGGGCACACCUGGGACAAGUUGGAUUUGGUCAGCCCGCGAGUGUCACCGUGUGCCGAGCGCUGUGUGGGUGGAGGCUCUGAGCGCUCAGCCGACCUCCCACGCGGCAGAGACCCCUUUGUGCUUCCGUGUCUCAGCCGCUCCACGUUGGCAGUGUCUUUCUUAAAACUCUGAAGUCGCCAAAUGGGAAUGGACACUUGGUGCUGCUCGCUGCCAGGCCCGAGCCGGUGUGGAGGUGUCGCCUGCACGUCGGAGCUCACACAUCUGUGAGACAUGCACACACACCUGGAGUGGAAGCCCCAGCGCUGAGGAAGAAGUGGCCUGGGGACCCGGUGCACUGCCGACACGCUGUGCGUGAUGUCUGCGGGCCCUGGAGCCCCAGACAGGACUAAGCCUCACUGAUGAAGUUAACUGCUGGAACAGCCACCCAGUGUGAGGUAGAGGUCAUAGGCCAGCACUGUCACCUGCCCUUCAGUCUCCCAGCAGCCAGGCAGUCUCUGGGGACAUCGGUGCUGUGCUGAGCGCCCCUUGGCGUAGCUCUGUGGGGUGUCCACAAGCACCGUGGGCAGUUGCUGUGCUUGUCUACCCCUACCCCAAGGGUCUGGGCCUUCGUGUUCACAGGCAGUGUGUAAAGAGCAACACAGGUGGCCUGGCUGUCCCCAGCCCGACCCUGCUUUGGAGCCAGAGGAAAAGCCCUUGUCUUCCACGCACUUCUGAUUGAGACAAAGGGUGGCAGUGGGCAGAGUGCUGCUUCCUGUCCCCACUCCUGGGUGUGACCGGCCAGGCCCCGCCUCCUGGGAGGUGCUCAGGACAGCAUGUGCCUGUGCAGCACCACCAGCUUUGGGUGGGACGGUGCUGAUGUCACCAGCGUGGCCAUCGGUGGAGCAGCACGAGGCUCAGGAGAGCCACACCGCAGCACAAAGCAGCCUCGUGCGGUGGAGGUGAGUCCAGGCCGCACCAGUCCCACGUCCAUACUGGUUUCUGUCCCCAAAACACGUUCUCACCAGGACCCUGAUUGUGACCCCCGCCCAUCACUUGGGUUUAGUAUAUGGCAGGUGGCCCAGAGGGUGCACGUCACGGGCAUCACCAGGCCAUGCUGACGGCUGUCCAGUGCGGCUGGUACCUCCGUCUUGUCCAGAAGGGUUGUGAGUUCAGAAUGGCUUUUAAAUGUGGAGAUUUUUAAAAAAGAAUCAAGUUGUAUCAGGUACAGGUGCAUAGUCCCUCUAAUGAAUGUGAUCAUUAUGUAUACCUAAAAUGUACCAAUAAACUUAAUUUUUUUAAAAGGAGAGAUUUUAAGAUAUAUUAGUAACACGGACAUUUGAAAGGUGCUUCAGGCUAUGUGGGCGGUGUAUGGUGAGAACUUGCUCCCCUGCAGGGUGAGGACUGGUAGUGUAUAAAAUGACUAAAAAGCCUUCUAGUGAGGGGUUCAUAGUGUGUUAAAGUGUAAAUAAAAUCUAUUUUCUUACAUUCUG